AUGACGAUCACGCUCGCUCUCUUUCUCCAUGAUAAAGUCCCCGAACUCCCCGGUGUCCGCAAUACUAUCCAGCAAUGUCGACAUAAUACCACCGAGAAAACGACCAUGGCCGACCCUGAACCCUCCCCUACACCCGCUGCUGCUGCACAUGUCGCGGACCAUGAAAAACACAGUGAGGGGAACCCGGUGAACAGUCCUGCGGGGGACUCAACAUCACCGCCGGUAUCGUCAAUAACCGGCGCUCGACGCCGCCAGCUGCUGGCAGCUCUCAAGUCAACAGACCGUACAGUCGACCGGUUCGAUAGACUCAUAUCCACAGCCGCCGGCCAGGAACGAGUUCUCGCAGUAACAGGCUACCUCGCACACACCCUACACCACAUCCUCUCCUCCGCACCAUGGAUCGCCUUCCAAGCGCGUCUCAGCCUGCUCGCCCGUCUACGAAACAAGUCCACAUCACCAAGCCCUAAACCCACCCCAUCCUCCUCAUCAUCGCGCCUCCUCGCCCUCUCCUCCCUCAUGUCCGAAACACGCUUCACCCUGCGCCUCCUCGGUCUUUUCCCCCUCUGGACAUGGGGGUCGCAGACGCUGAAACACCCGCCCGCGGACAAACCCCUCUACAUCCUGACUCUCCUGCAGGUCUUCGUCAACGUCAUCUACCAGGCGCUCGAGAACGUGGGGUAUCUUGCGCAGAAGGGGAUCGUGUCGAAGAAGUUUGUUGAUCGCUGGGGUGGGAUCGAUAAGUGGUAUAUUUGGAGUACGAGGGCAUGGUUCGGGCAUAUUUUCUUUCAGUUUUUUGUGCUCUGGAGGGGGACGGUGCUUAGGAGGAGGAAGAUGAAAGAGGAGGCCGGGGUUGAGGGUGUCGGGAAGGAGGAGAAGAGGGAGGCGCUGAGGAAGGAGAUUCGCGCGUGGAGGAAGAGUCUCGUUAAUAACGUUUGUUGGGCACCCUUGUGUCUUCACUGGUGCUUUGAGAAGGGGAUUGGGUUCCCGGAGCAUUUGACCGGGUUGGUUAGUUUUAUGGCGGGGGCUUGGGACGUUUGGGAUACUUGGGUGGCUACGGGGUUGUCGUAG